UCUCUUUAAGCUUUCAUCCAGAAACUCUCCAACAAUGGCUUCCUCUACCCAAAAACCCUCUUCUUCUUCUUCUACCUCAAUCCGUCAAUAUAACUUCGAUGUGUUCUUGAGUUUUAGAGGUGAAGAUACCCGCAACAAUUUUACGGAUCAUUUAUUCGAAAAUUUGGUUCGGAUGGGGAUUAACACUUUCAGAGACGAUCAACUUAAAAGAGGAGAAGAGAUCAAAUCAGAACUUUUAAAAACUAUUGAAGAAUCAAGAAUUUCCAUAGUUGUGUUCUCAAAAGACUAUGCUCAGUCCAAGUGGUGUUUGGAUGAGUUAGCGAAGAUCAUGGAGUGCAGGGAUAAAAUGGAACAAAUAGUCUUCUCGGUGUUCUACCACGUGGAUCCUUCUGAUGUGCGAAAGCAAACAGGGAGCUUCGGAGAGGCAUUUUCCAUUCACGAAAGAAAGGUAGAUGAGAAGAAGGUGCAAAGGUGGAAGGAUUCCUUGACCGAAGCAAGCGAUCUAAGUGGCUUCCAUGUGAAUGAUGGGUAUGAGUCAAAGCAUAUUAAGGAAAUUACUAACGAGAUUUGUAAAAGAUUGAAUCCCAAGCUUUUGCAUAUUGAUGAUGUUAUAGUUGGGAUGGAUUUUCGCCUUAAAGAACUAAAAUCAUUGUUAAGUAGUGACUUGCAUGACAUUCGUGUGGUUGGGAUCUACGGAACUGGUGGAAUUGGUAAAACUACCAUUGCCAAGAUUGUUUAUAAUGAGAUCCAAUGUCAAUUCACAAGUGCUAGCUUUCUUCAAGAUGUCAGAGAGACAUUCAACAAGCAUUGUCAACUUCAACUACAACAACAACUUCUUCAUGAUACAAUGGGGGAUGUUGAAGAGUUUAGCAAUAUCAAUAAAGGAAUCAAUAUAAUAAAGGCCAGACUUAGCUCAAAAAAGGUUCUUAUUGUAAUUGAUGAUGUGGAUCAGUUGCAGCAAUUAGAGUCAGUGGCCAGAAGUCCUAAAUGGUUUGGUCCAGGAAGUACAAUUAUCAUUACAACCAGAAACCAACAUUUGUUGGUUGAGUAUGGAGUGACUAUAUCAUAUGAGGCUACAGAAUUACAUAAUAGGGAAGCUCUUCAACUCUUCAGCCAACAUGCCUUUAAACAAAAUGUUCCUAAAGCAGAUUAUGUGAACCUCUCAAAUUGCUUGGUACGUUAUGCUCAAGGUCUCCCUUUGGCCCUUAAAGUUCUAGGUUCUUCUCUUCGAGGCAUGACAAUAGAUGAAUGGAAAAGCGCAUUGGAUAAAUUUAAAAAAAACCCUAUGAAGGAAAUUAAUGAUGUGCUUAGAAUAAGUUUUGAUGGGCUUGAUUCUUCUCAAAAGGAGGUUUUCCUUGACAUUGCGUGUUUUUUCAAAGGUGAAUGCGAAGAUGUCGUGUUAAGAAUAUUAGAUGGUUGCAAGUUAGAUCCAAUGUACAACAUAAGAGUUCUACGUGAUAGAUGUCUGAUAACUAUCUUAGACAACGUCAUACAAAUGCAUGACUUGAUACAACAAAUGGGUUGGGCAAUUGUUCGUGAAGAAUGUCCUGGAGACCCAAACAAAUGGAGUAGAUUGUGGGAUGUUGAUGAUAUUUAUGAUGCAUUUUCUAGACAAGAGGGGAUGAAAAAUAUUCAAACCAUAUCUUUGGACUUGUCUAGAUCAAAAGAAAUACAGUUCAGUACAAAAGUGUUUGCUAAGAUGAAGAAACUUAGGUUGCUUAAAAUCUAUUGCAAUGAUCAUGAUGGUUUGACAAGAGAAGAGUAUAAAGUGCAUCUUCCUAAAGACUUUGAUUUUUCUCAUAAUUUGAAAUAUCUUCAUUGGCAAAGAUGCACUUUGAGGUCUUUACCUUCAAGGUUUUAUGGAGAGCAGCUUAUUGAAAUCAACUUGAAGUCUAGCAACAUAAAAAAGCUUUGGAAAGGGAAUAAGUGUCUUGGAAAACUAAAGGGCAUUGAUUUAAGUAACUCAAAACAGCUUGUCAAAAUGCCUAAAUUCUCAAGCAUGCUGAAUUUGGAGAGACUGAAUCUUGAAGGUUGCUCAAGUUUGCGCGAACUUCAUUCAUCUAUUGGUGAUCUCAAAUGGUUGACUUACUUGAAUUUAGGAGGAUGUGAGCAGCUCCAAAGUUUACCUACUAGCAUGAAGUUUGAAUUUCUUGAAGUCCUUUAUCUCAAUCAAUGUCCAAAGUUGAAGAAGAUUCCUGAGAUCCAUGGGAAUAUGGGACAUUUGAAGGAACUUUAUUUAAAUGAGAGUGGGAUUAAAGAGCUACCAAGUAGCAUUGUGUAUUUAUCAUCUCUUGAAGUCCUUAAUCUCUCAAAUUGUUCAAACUUUGAGAAAUUUCCUGAGAUCCAUGGAAAUAUAAAAUUUUUGAGGGAGCUUCAUUUAGAAGGAUGCUCAAAGUUUGAGAAAUUUCCGGAUACAUUUACUUAUAUGGAAAAUUUAAGGAGGCUUCAUUUAUGUGAGAGUGGUAUUAAAGAACUCCCUGACAGCAUUGGGUAUUUGGAAUCUCUUGAAAUUCUUGAUCUCUCAUAUUGCUUAAAAUUUGAGAAAUUCCCAAAGAUAAGAGGGAAUAUGAAAUGUUUGAAGGAGCUUUCUUUAGAUAAGACUGCUAUUAAGGAACUCCCAAAUAGCAUUGGGUCCUUGAACUCUCUCAAAAUUCUUUCUCUUAGAAAAUGUUCAAAGUUUGAGAAAUUUUCAGAUGUAUUUAUCAAUAUGGGACUUUUAAGGGAGCUAAAUUUAUAUCAGAGUGGUAUUAAGGAACUCCCAGGCAGUAUUGGAUGUUUGGAAUCUCUUGAAAAUCUUGACCUCUCACAUUGCUCAAACUUUGAGAAAUUUCCAGAGAUCCAAGGAAAUAUGAAAUCCUUGAAGGAGCUUUCUUUAAAGAACACCCCUAUUAAGGAACUCCCAAAUAGCAUUGGGUGCUUGCAGGCCCUUGAAAUUUUUAAUCUCAGUGGUUGCUCAAAUCUUGAGAGAUUUCCUGAGAUCCAAAAAAAUAUGGGAAAUCUAUGGGCUCUUUCUCUAGACAAAACUGCUAUUAAAGGAUUACCCUGCUCGAUAGGUCAUCUCACUGGACUUGAUCACUUAAAUUUGGAAAACUGUAGAAACUUGAGAAGUCUUCCAGACAAUAUAUGUGGGUUGACAUCCCUUAAAGGCCUCUUUAUCAAUGGUUGUUCAAAUCUAGAGGUUUUUUCAGAGAUCACAGAGGAUAUGGAAGAAUUAAAACGCCUUUUGUUACGUGAAACGGGCAUAACAGGGCUGCCAUCAUCAAUUGAACACCUCAGAGGUCUUGAUUCCUUGGAAUUGAUCAAUUGUGAGAACCUUGUGGCUCUUCCCAAUAGCAUUGGUAGUUUGACACGUCUUACUAGUCUUCGUGUUCGUAACUGUACAAAGCUCCAUAACUUGCCUGACAAUUUGAGAAGCCUACGGUGUUGCCUAAUAGAACUAGAUCUAGGUGGUUGCAAUUUGAAGGAAGGAGAAAUCCCCAGUGAUUUAUGGUGCUUAUCCUCACUGGUAUCUUUAGAUGUAAGUGAAAACCAUAUUCGUUGCAUACCCGCUGGCAUCACUCAACUUUUUGAGCUUAAAACCCUUUACAUGAAUCACUGCCCGAUGCUUGAAGAAAUUGUAGAGCUUCCAUCAAGUUUAACAAAGAUGGAGGCACAUGGUUGUCCAUGCCUGGAAACAGAAACUUUCUCAAGUCCACUUUGGUCUUCUCUGCUCAAAUGCUUCAAAUCACCAAAUCAGUCAACAUUUUUUUGGCGGGGGAGAUUUGUCAUUCCAGGGAGUAGUGGAAUACCAGAGUGGGUAAGCCAUCAGAGAAUGGGGUGUCAAGUAAGAAUAGAGCUCCCAAUGAAUUGGUAUGAAGAUAACAACUUCUUAGGAUUUGUUCUAUUCUUCCAUCAUGUUCCUCUUGAUGAUGAUGAUGAAUGUGAGACAACAGAAGGUAGUCUUCCACAUUGUGAAUUGACGAUAUCCCAUGGUGAUCAAUCUGAACGACUGGUGAAGAUAUGGUUUUAUUCUGAUUGUAAAACCUACUGGAUUAGGGGUUUAUCAUGUGGCGACGAAUUGGACCCCUACUACAGUGGUAGCACAUCAGAUCCAGCAAUUUGGGUGACGUAUUUCCCUCAGAUUAACAUUCCCCGUGAGUAUCGAUCCAGUUGGUGGAACAACUUUAAGGCUCACUUCCACACUCAAAUCGGUUAUGGCUCUUUUAGCUGUGGCGAUAACACAUGCUUUAAAGUGAAAAGCUGUGGGAUACAUCUCUUGUACGCCCAAGAUCAGAUCCAUUGCCCUCAGCCGUCAAGAGGAAGCCUUGGUGACAGAGAAGAUCACCCAGCCAAGACAUUAAAGAUUCUCCAAAAGAUCAAAGCUUUAUUUAAACCCUAGCAAGAGAAAUCAAAUAAAAAAAAAUGAAGACAUCUCUAAUUUCCAACUCUACUCAACAAGGUAUGUCUUCUUCAUCUUUGUUUUUAUUGAAAGUUAAAAUAUUUACCAAAAUUAGCAGCAAAAAAUGUCCAAACAAUUUUUAAUAUGAUUACAUGCUUGGAAAAAUAUGAAGUUUGAUAUAGGAUUAGAUAUGGUCAAGUCAUUUCUAAACUGGUAGGCCAAACAAUUAUCAUAUGUUUUUCAAAUUGCACAAUUAUCUUAUAAGCAUGGGUUAAUAUUUAUUUUGCUCUUACUUUGCUUUAUUUUUAAAGAUGACAUUAUGAUAUACUCGUGGAACUAUGACUAAUCAUUGUCGUUGGUCAGGAUGUUAAUGGAAACAUGACUAACUAUUAGUCCUGGAAUUGGAAGUGGUGGCAGAGAUACAGUAUUGAACCAGAAUGAGAAUACCAUAAAAGAGACUCUUUGUUUGGAUUGUGAAUUUUAAUUUGUAUGUUUUAAAGCAUGGAUAAUUUGAACUGCGGAUUUAAUUUGUAUGUUUUUAGGUAUGAAUAAUUUUGUUUAUUUGAAGUUAUUCACAAGUGCUUUUAAGAAUGACUUUGACACAUUGAUAAAUUAUCUUCAUUUAUCUAUUAAGAUCA